GGUGCUGCUGGACCUUGAGGCACUGAUCCAGUUCCUGUCCAUUGGCACCCUGGUCACCCGCACUGUUGUGAACACCAACAUUAUUGUGCUACGCUUCCAAAAGUCUCCUCUAUCUAGUCCCUUGGGCUCAGUCAGCCCUGGCCCUGUGGCUGAGGGGUAUGAGGACUCCUUAGGACACAGACGGCUGGAGGACACUGAGCGCAGCCCUCAGCCCCUGAGCCUGGGCAGCUGCGACCAGCCCUGAGGCCCUUCCUUGGCUCCAUGAGUGGAUGCAGACCUGGAGUCGCCGUGGCCUGGGCUCUCCGUGUCCUGGUGGUCUCAGCCAUCAUUCUGGACUGCGUACUGGCCUUUGGGAAGUCGGCCCUGCACCUCCCACCCUGGGGCCACACCCUGCUGCUCCUGCUCAGCUCCGUCGUGUUUCUGCUCAGUCUCCUCGUCCUGGGGGCCCACCAGCAACAGCGCCGGCAGGACGCCUUUCAGGUUCCCAUGGUGCCCCUGAUUCCAGCCGCGAGCAUCCUCCUCAACGUCUUCCUCAUGCUACAUCUGAGCUCCCUGACCUGGCUGCGGUUCUCCAUUUGGCUUCUGAUUGAGGACUCGUGGUGUAUUUUGUCUACGGCAUCUGGCACAGCAAGGAGAACCAGCGGGAUCUGCCGGGGUUGACUGCCACACGUGGCAGCCUAGAGGAGACGGUGCAGGCCCUAGAUUCCCUAAAUCCAGAAGACACAGAAGGCCCUAUCCCCAAACCUCACGUCUCUUAGACGAAUUGCACCAGAGAGAGAGAUCCAGACCUAAGAAAUGGACUAAGCCAAACCAAUCACUCAUCCGUUCCUAGAGAGAAUGUUUGU